CACAGUUAGAUAGCGCUCAGACACGAUGGCCAAGGGGGAUUUCAAGUCAUAUCUUGGCCUGCUGCGCGGCUUCUUUGCCGAAUAUCGAACGGUUUUGAGGCAGAAAUCGCAGCGGCCGCCACGCCUCGCCUUGAACUACAAUCGUGCGUUUUUGGUCAUCUUGGGCCUCUAUCCGAAUCGCUGCCUGCUGGCCAAACACAGCAACUACAAGCGCUGCAAUCGCCUACUCUUGCUCAAUUCGGCAUCUCUGCUGCUGCCGAUUAUGUUCGCCUUACACGAGUCGACGAAUGUCGUUGAUAUGGGCGACGAUAUGGCCUGGAUGAUUGGGAUAACGCUGAUUGUGACCAAGAACUUGUACUUCUAUUGGCGAGCCAACGAAAUCGAUGAAGUCAUUGAGAACCUAAAUUAUUACGAAAGCUGCUUUAGGCCAGCCCAAGGCUUCCAGCCAGCUGCAGUCGAAACGGAAAAUGUGGAAAUACGACGCUGGCAGCGCUUGUGCUACCUGAUCGAAACGACCAUGUGGAUAACUCUAACUAGCUUCAUGUUCGUCUUCAACGUGGCCAUUUGCGUUCAGCCGUUGUUUUCAGAUCGCGAUUUGCCCUACCAUGCGGUGUUCCCCUUUGGCUGGCACAGCUCCGCAGAGCAUCCGCGCUCGCACAUGCUCAUCUACAUAUGGCAGUCGCUCACCUCACAGUUCAACCUGUUGUCCAUCUGCCAGGUUGACGCCGUGGGCAUACACAGCAUCCUCCACACGGCUCUCAAUCUGAAGAUACUCUGCCUGGAGAUGCAAAAGUUGGGCAAGUUGCACUUGACCGAUUCGGAAUUUCAUGCCGAGUUUCGUAGGAUCAUUCAAUACCAUCAGCACUUAAUAAGCACCGUCCAGAAGAACAAUCAGCUGUUCCAUGGCUCUUUCAUAGCUCAAAUGAUCGCCAGCUUUGCCCUGAUUUCGAUGUCCACCUUUGAGGCCAUGGCAGCUGCGAGUGAUCCGAAGGUAGCUGCCAAGUUUCUCAUCUUCAUGUUUGUCACCUUUGUGCAGUUGUCCUAUUGGUGCCUCGCUGGCACUCUCGUCUCUACCCAGUCAAUGGAUGUGGCUCAGGCUGCUUUUGAGCUAAAGGACUGGCAUACCAAGUCAAUUUUUAUACAACGUAAUAUCCUCUUUAUGAUCAGCCGUUCGCAGAAACCUCUGCUCUAUGAGGCCAGGCCAUUUCCGCCCUUUACCCUGACCACCUACUCGCUUAUACUUCAGCAGUGCUAUAGAAUUUUGGCAUUGCUGCGAGAAGCCAUGUAAGAGCCUUGAGAUUAAUGGA